UGGACACUCUGCCAAUGCACACCACUCCGCCACGAGCUUCGUCGCGCCUGUCGACGCCGUUUGUCGCGCUUGCCGCCCUUGCCGCCCUAGCGCUCCUAACUUUUCGGGUUGCCCCUGCCGAGAUCGAAGAGGCGACUGCCCGCCGUUUCGAGGCAAUAAAGGCGUGGAGAGCGGGAGACAAGGAGGGUGCCAAGAAGAUCGCUGUCGAUAAGGCGAGCAGCGCGAAGCAGGCAGUCGUUGAUGCCAAGGCCGAAUACGACGAGUUUCAGGAGUGGAAGAAGACGCACCCGCGGCCCGCGGAGAAGGUUGGGUGGAUGCCCUUUGCACAGGCCGGCGCCGAGACGGGCGGCAACUUCAUGGCCCAGGGCCUCGACACGAGCUUCCGCUUCUUCACUGACCCGAGUGCGCCGUGGACGCCUUGUGGAUGCCUGUUCACCACACUGUGCCAACACCCGCCCACCGCCCUCAUAAGCACCACACCCGCGCCCCGUAGACUUCGACUUCCAGCAGGAGGGCAUGGCGUACGUCGAGUCCUCCCAGGCCACCGCCAAUAAGUUUGGCGCCAUCCAGUUCUCGGAGAAUGCGACCGUCGGCGACGAGGCGUACGCCGCGGCGUCCUUCGCCGCGGCAAAGUACGCCGAGCACCAAAAGGCCGAGGCGGAGGCCGCCAGCUAUGCAGAAGGAGUCCGCGCUGACGCGGCGACGGCGGGUCCCGUCGAUGGGGGCGUCUGAAUUCGGACGCCUGUGCCACCCUCCACACACUACACACUACACACAGGCAGUGUACUAGCACAGCGCCUUCUGCGCCGUGUGUCCGCGAGAGCGCCGUGUUGACCUUCAUCAGCACACCGGGCACAUUGCGGUGGCAGUUGAUC